CUUUAACUGAUUAUUCUACACAGCACUUCCAGAAGAUUCACAAUCAAUAGAGAUAGAUGAAAUUCUUGACACGAAAAUUUUCAAUUCGUGCAUUGCUCCAUCCACACUGAUACACAGAGAGACGAAGACAGUGCACAGCCAGCUCAUGUUGCGGUUGUUGAUUCAGUAUCCCAAAUACAGAAUUUCAGUUACGACUAAGCACCGGAUUUCGUUCCAAUUCACCUCAAUCAGUAAUCAGUAAUCAUCACUACCAUUUCAAUUUCCCAUGGCGAACCCUAAAACCAAGAGUCUUCAUUCCCUGGGUGGCGAGGGCGAUCCCGAAUCAUACGAAUCGCGGUGGAUUUUCCAGGAGGAUGAGUAUCCCUCUGAGAUCGAGGACUUCGACGCCGCCGAUUUACGCCACCAGCCUAUGUUUGAUUCUGAGGACGAGGACAAUGGCGAGCAUAGACUCGUUCGCACCGGUCCGCGAAUCGAUUCAUUUGAUGUCGAGGCUCUCGAGGUUCCCGGCGCUCAGAGAAACGACUACGAGGAUGUUAGUGUGGGGAAGGGGAUUCUGUUGGCUUUUCAAACUCUCGGUGUUGUUUUUGGUGACGUUGGAACGAGUCCUUUGUAUACGUUCAGUGUUAUGUUCAGGAAGGCUCCUAUUAAUGGAAAUGAAGAUAUUCUUGGAGCUUUAUCACUUGUUUUGUACACUUUAAUUUUGAUUCCUUUACUGAAGUAUGUGCUUGUUGUUCUUUGGGCCAAUGAUGAUGGGGAAGGUGGUACCUUUGCAUUAUACUCGUUGAUUUGUCGAAAUGCCAAGGUGAGUCUUCUUCCCAAUCAGUUGCGAUCGGAUGCCCGAAUAUCGGGCUUUAGACUGAAGGUGCCAUCUCCCGAGCUUGAAAGGUCUUUAAAAAUCAAGGAAAGAUUAGAGAAUUCGCUGACUCUUAAGAAGAUUCUACUAUUAUUAGUUCUUGCUGGUAUUUCCAUGGUGAUAGCUAAUGGGGUAGUUACGCCGGCAAUGUCAGUAUUAUCAUCUGUUAAUGGUUUGAAGGUUGGGGUAGAUGCAAUUAAACAAGAUGAAGUGGUGAUGAUUUCUGUUGCCUGCCUUAUCGUUUUGUUCAGUGUACAGAAAUAUGGAACAAGUAAAGUGGGGCUUGUUGUAGUGCCUGCUUUGUUUAUAUGGUUUUGUUCUCUGGCGGGCAUUGGUAUAUAUAACCUUGUUAAAUAUGACAGCAGUGUCUUGAGGGCAUUUAAUCCUAUUCACAUAUAUUAUUUCUUUGCAAGGAAUUCAACUAAAGCAUGGUAUUCUCUUGGGGGCUGUAUUCUGUGUGCAACUGGCUCGGAGGCAAUGUUUGCAGAUCUUUGCUAUUUCCCUGUGCGGUCAGUUCAGCUUACAUUUGUAUUUCUUGUUUUACCGUGCCUACUGUUGGGAUAUUUGGGUCAAGCUGCAUACCUUAUGGAAAACCAUGCUGAUGCUGGCAAUGCUUUCUAUUCUUCUGUUCCAAGUGGGGCAUUCUGGCCAACAUUCCUCAUUGCUAACAUUGCUGCAUUAAUUGCAAGUCGGGCUAUGACAACAGCCACAUUUUCUUGUAUAAAACAGUCUGCUGCACUUGGUUGUUUCCCUCGUCUUAAAAUAGUUCAUACCUCUCGGAAAUUUAUGGGACAGAUCUAUAUCCCUGUCAUAAACUGGUUUCUCUUGACUGUUUCUUUGGUGUUUGUCUGUACUAUAUCCAGCCUUGAUGAGAUUGGAAAUGCAUAUGGCAUUGCUGAGCUGGGUGUGAUGAUGAUGACCACUAUUUUAGUAACUCUUGUUAUGCUUCUUAUAUGGCAGAUUCACAUCAUUGUAGUGCUGAUUUUUGCAGUAGUCUUCCUGGGAUUGGAGUUGACUUUCUUUUCAUCAGUUUUGUGGAGUGUAACAGAUGGAAGUUGGAUCAUAUUGGUCUUUGCAGUAUUAAUGUUUUUUAUAAUGUUUGUAUGGAAUUAUGGCAGCAAGCUCAAAUAUGAAACUGAAGUAAAGCAAAAACUGUCAAUGGAUUUGAUGCGAGAAUUAGGCUGUAAUCUUGGGACAAUACGAGCUCCUGGAAUCGGUUUGCUCUAUAAUGAGUUGGUGAAAGGAAUUCCAGGCAUUUUUGGCCAUUUUCUAACCACGCUUCCAGCUAUACACUCUAUGAUUAUAUUAGUGAGUAUUAAAUAUGUUCCAGUUCCUAUGGUUCCUCAAAGUGAAAGGUUUCUUUUUCGGCGAGUUUGCCAGAGAAGCUAUCAUAUAUUUCGCUGCAUUGCCAGGUAUGGUUACAAAGAUGUUCGAAAAGAAAAUCACCAGACUUUUGAGCAACUGUUGAUGGAAAGCCUAGAGAAGUUUAUACGUCGUGAAGCUCAGGAGAGGUCACUCGAGAGUGAUGGGGAUGAUGAUUCUGAUUCUGAGGAUGAGUACUCUGGUUCUAGGGUUCUCAUAGCUCCCAAUGGGAGUGUUUAUUCUCUUGGCGUCCCUCUUCUGGCUGAUUUUAUUGAUACAAACAUACCCAUACCCAAUUUGGAAGCAAGCACAUCUGAGGAUGCAAACCCUGAAUCUCCUAAGCCCCCAGUGCUUGAUGCUGAGCAGAGUCUUGAGAGAGAAUUAUCUUUUAUACGCAAGGCUAAAGAAUCUGGAGUGGUUUACCUUCUUGGUCAUGGGGAUAUAAGGGCUAGGAAAGACUCAUGGUUUAUCAAGAAGCUAAUUAUAAAUUAUUUUUAUUCUUUUCUGAGAAAGAACUGCCGGAGGGGGAUCACAAAUUUAAGUGUACCCCAUUCACAUUUGAUGCAGGUUGGCAUGACCUACAUGGUUUAACCAUCAAUUUUCCGACCCCAACAUUUGACAGGUAAUUUGAAAUUAUAAUUUGGUAGCAGUGAGUUGGUCUUGGAAAGGUCUCAUUUUGCAGUUCUAGUUGCAUGAUCGUAACUUUUUUGGGUCCUCAAAUUGCUAUGUAUCUUUCUAGCUCAUAAUCUGGACCCUGUUCCAAUGUUUUUUAUGGUUGUGAGCUUGGAUUGUAGAUAUAUGGAAAUGACAUAGCUAUGAGCAAAAAAUAGAAAAGAAAAGAAAAAGAAGAUAAAUGUAGAAUUGUCAUUACAAAAAAGAAACUGUAGGCUGUUAUGUACACAUAUCGUGGAUGUGCCAAAUUCCACCUGAACACGAAUUUUGUACUAUCUAAAGACAAAUUUCUGUAGUUUGCGUUA